CAGACGAAAAAAUGGCAAAAAAGAAAGCAUUCACUCCUCUUUUCUAUCUUGCAUCUAUAGUAUUUUUGCCCUGGUGGAUUUCUUUCUCAGUUAAUAAAUGUCUGGAAUCUUGGGUUACUAAUUGGUGGAAUACUGGGCAAUCCCAAAUUGUCUUGAAUAAUAUUCAAGAAAAGAGUCUUCUAGAAAAAUUCAGAGAAUUAGAGGAACUCCUCUUCUUGGACGAAAUGAUCAAGGAAUACUCGGAAACACAUCUCGAAGAGUUUGGGAUAGGAAUCCAUAAAGAAACGAUCCAAUUAAUCACGAUACAAAAUGAGAAUCGUAUGGAUACGAUUUUGCACUUCUCAACAAAUAUCAUCUGGUUUGGUAUUCUAAGCGGGUAUUCAAUUUUGGGUAAGGAAAAACUUGUUAUUCUUAACUCUUGGGCUCAGGAAUUCCUAUAUAACUUAAGUGACACAGCAAAAGCUUUGUGUCUUCUUCUAGUAACUGAGUUUUUUCUCGGAUAUCAUUCACCCCCAGGUUGGGAAUUCGCUAUACGCUCUAUCUAUAACGAGGUUGGAGUUGUUGCGAAUGAGCAAACUAUAACUAUUCUUGUUUGCAUCCUUCCAGUAAUUUUUGAUACAUGUUUUAAAUAUUGGCUUUUCCGUUAUUUAACUAGUCUGUCUCCGUCAAUUUUACUGAUUUAUGAUUCAAUAACUGAAUGA